CCUGAUUCAAGACAUCCUACAUGUGACAGCGACCAGAAGUACAUGCCGGCUCCCAGACAGUUUACCUCGCGACUGCGGCAGCCGCGAUACAUGUUUUCCAUCUCUCGAAUCUAGAAUCUAGAAUCUUCAAGUUGUGUUGACAACAAACAAGUCUUCCAAAGUUAUCCAAACACUCAACAAAGUACAACAUUGACUCCCCUAAUACAAUAUCUACUCCGUCGAUAUAGUUUCAAAUAUGCCGCCUCGUCCUCACGACCCAUUCAAUGAUGCGCCACGCCGUCCUGCAUCCCGCACAGCGAGCCAUCUACACGACACAUACACUUCUGGCGGUCACACCUUGCGGGCCAACUCGGCUGCACGCAACCUCUUUGCUUCAACGCUAUCACGACGUCCCACAACAACUGGACCACCAUCGAAUCACCUCAACGAGCUGGUUCUCGAGGACUCUGAUGAUGCUGGAGACCGGAUGAGCAGGCGCACUGCGGCUGCCGGCAGGGCGACCCGGACCCGACGUGUCAGAGCAGCCACUGAGACGACGACCAUCGAGCCCGAUGAAGAGAACCAACCCGAGCCCGUCCGCGAUAUGGUCAUAAGGGAUGAGAGAGGCAACUACUUGCACGAAGUUUCUGCGCUGGGAGAGCAGAUAAAUGGAGCAGAAGAGGAAGAACUUGAAGACGACAAGCGUCUGACAGCUCUUGUGCAGGAGUAUUGGGCUUCUGGAAGUGCUGUCGGUGGCAGGAAUAGUAAAAGAUGGGACGAGAAUGAACUCGACAGACCCAAAGCAGAAGUCAUGACACGACUACGAGACUCUGUGAGCAAAACGCUCGUCAACGAACAAUGGAGAUACGAGCCCAGUGAUUACAUGAAGGCACUUCUGGUCGAGAACCAUGGUCGUGUCUAAUUCUCGCCUCUUGUGUAUACCUUAGAUAAUCCCUAGCCUUGACAAAACGAGUGAUGUUAUGAGAUGACGGUGUUUUGUCGUUCGAAUAUAUUCAGUCAA